CCUAAAUCACUACAUCUGGGCCCAUCGCAAGCCCAGAAACGCAAAAGACAGCAAAGGCAGAGCACCAAGUUGGGCAGGAUAUAGGGGUAUAUCUACAGUGUCCGACACAGUGCCACACGGUCCUCUUCUCUCCCACGCAGCUCGUCCAAUAAGCGUCUCGUCCACUUCGACUCACUUACCUUCCUCGGUUGGCAUGAACCUAUAGGCACAAGGCCGCCAACGGUUCAACUUCCGUCGCUAUCCUCUUUAAAAGCGGACGCAACGCGACGACCAUGUCAGCCGUGCCGUCGCCUCGCGAGUUCACCACGUCCGUGAUCGACGCGCUGGCCAGCGUCUGCGGCUCCGGCUCCUCGACCUCGGCCGGGGCCGGGGCCGGCAACCCGCUGCAGCGCGUGCCCGCAGCGUGCCGGCCGCUCCUCACCACGCUCUACGCGCUGUACCCGCUGACGCUGCUGCCGGCGCUCGACUUGCUCGACCGGCGGCUCGCGACGCGCGUCGUCGUCGUCGGCGCUGGCGCUGACGCUGACGCCGACGCCGCGCGCCCGCCCUGCUUCUACAUCGUGCGCUCAGCCCUGCCGCCGUCGCGCCGACGACCCCGCCACCCCCCCGCCGCCGCCGGCGGUCCGCGCUACGUCGUCCGCCCCGACGCCUGGAACUGCACGUGCGCGGCCUUCGCCUUCGCCGCCUUCCCGCGUCGCGCCCCCAGCCCCUACGUCAUCGAGGACCCCGGGCUGCGGAUGGGCUGCGGAGCGGGGGUGGAACCGGACGAAGAAGAAGAGAGAGAGGAGGAGGGGACGUGGCAGUUCGGCGCGCUGAGCUCCGACGGCAGGCCCGGCCGCGGUCCGCGCGACGCCGCCGUGCCCUGCUGCAAGCACCUCCUGGCCUGCGUGCUCGCGGAGCGGUGCGGCCUCGGCGCCCCCGCGUCCGGCCUCGUCCCCGAGCGCCGCGUCGCCCCCGACGAGGCCGCCGGCUGGGUCGCCGAUAUAUGAUAUCGGAUACCGCCUUCUGCGCAGGCGGGUCGCGUGCCCAGCAGACCCGGCCGCCUGAAUCCCCGGUAUGGGCUGCGGCUAUGUAUAGCGGGAUCUGUAAGUAGUGUGUGCAUAAAGUAUCUACGGAGCGGGUGGACAAGGUACUACGCCCCACCAUCAUACUAUAGGACUGUUUCUUACUAGUUUUCUCCACGAUCUACAACGUGAUGGCUUAGUGGGUGUGUGCUCACUCGCCUUAUUUUGUUACAUCAUCUGAUCUCUCGUCACCUUUUCCGACGCCUGCGACCGCUCUCUUCCUCACCCCAGCACUAAUGGGAUGUGUGUAUAAUCAUGGUGUUUAUAACGAUCUCGUCCGCAGAUCCGACUGACGAACCGGGUAAACCCGACCAGUCCGAAUUUGCUUUCUAUGAAAUUACCUAGCUUCUACUCAUAAUCAUGGGGGGUAGGGA